UACCUACAUGCAUAUGAAGAAUAUGUAUUAUCAUUAUUACGGUUAUAAUUAUCAGUAACAGAUGCGGCUGGAGGGCAGAGCAGGAGUCCCACUUUGUGACGGUAGCUUGUCUGCAGAUUGACAGCAGCAGCUCGGCGGACACAGCUAGCAGCAGCUGCUCAGUUCUAGUGGAUGAGCGCCGUGAUGAUCGCCCUGGUGCUUAAAUAUGGAGUAUUUGCAGGGAGCGAACAGCCAGAAACACGUACGCACACGUGACAAGAAGACAGUGCUGUAGCUGCGCAAAUUACAAAACCAUAUAACCCCGCGGUUAUUUAUGGCUUCUGGCUCGGGGGGUGAUGAAGGGAACACGACGGGCGCAUCGUGGAGACUUGUAGGCCCGGCCUCUGAGCUUUCCAAGAAGCCCUGCCGUCUAAUGUACUCACCUCUCGACCGCGACAGUGAUGUCUGCCUCUUUUAUGUCAAGGGGCAGUUUUUUGCCAUGGAUGCCCGCUGUUCCCACUCCGGAGGUCCUCUGUGUGAGGGGGACAUCGAAGAGGCUGAUGGAGUCCUGCAAGUCUUCUGCCCCUGGCAUGACUAUGGUUAUGAUCUCAAAACUGGGAAGUCUGGGACAUCACUAGAGCAACAAGUUUAUGAAGUAAAGCUGGUGGAUGGCGACGUGUACGUGAAGCACGCAAGUCAUCUCUCCCUCAAGCCUUUUCCAGCAAAUCAGAAAACCUGAGUUAUUUCAGUCCAGCUGGUUCAUCCUAUUUUUAAGACUUUUUCCACAAGCACAAGUCAUCCGAAAACAUUCCAGAGCAUUCUGUCUUGUUCUCAGAGCUGCUUCUACUUUGCUGUGAGCUUAGGACUAAGGAGACAGGAGACUGAUGAGGACAUAACAUCAUGAAGUUAUUUUUCUUUUUGGUAUACCAUAAAGAGUUCAACACAACCUAUGAAGAUGGCGAGUUGUGAACUCACUGUUUUUUCUAUGAAACACGAGAUAGCAGCACAUACAGUUCUUUGCAAAAGUAUUCAUACAGUUUGACCCAAUUUUGCCAUGUUACCUUACAAACAUCAUGCAUUUUAUUCAGAUUUUAUCUGAUAGACCAAUAAGAAAGGAUUGUGAAGUGUAAGAAAAAAGACACAUUGUUUUUAAUAUAAUUUUGUUUUACAAAUGAAAGUCUAAAAAGUCUGUUGUGCAUCAAGUUCCACCAGCUGCCUUCAGAAGUGCUUGAUUAGCAAAUACUUGUUCGUAGUUCUCACUACAAAAUUAAAUCUCACUACAUAUACAUCUGUUCUUUGAAGGCCUCAUAGCUGCAAUUACAAACGGACCAAGUCUUGGCAUUCCACCUAAACUAAUGUACUAGGCAAGGGGAGCAUCAAUCAGAGAAGCAGCAAAAGGGCCCAUUGUAACUCUGGAGGAGCUGCAGAGAUCCACAGCUUGGGUGGGUGAAUCUAAAUUUGACCUUUAAAUAUGAAUAGUAAGAAAAUGCCACUGUUGAAAGAAAGCCAUAAGUCAUGUUAGUAGUGUACAAGUCAUGCAGGGGACAUGGCAAACAUGUGAAAGACGGUACUGUAGUCAAAUGAGACAAAAGAUUCCUGAACAUAUCCACACUGUAAAAAUAUGGUGGCAGAUGCAUCAUGCUGUGGGGAUGCUUUUUUUUAAACAGGAUAGGAAGGCUUCUCAGACAUAACUGAAACAUGGAUGGAGAUUAAUUAUAUUAAUGUAUUGGUAAGACCCAGUCAUAGUCCAGACCUAAUUCUAAAUUAGAAUACGUGGCAAGGUUUGAAAAUAUACUGCUCACAGUCACUGUAUUUUAUCUGAGUGAGCUUGAGCUAUUUUGCAAUGAAUGGUCAAACAUAUUAGUUUGUUGAUGUGUAAAAGCUGUUAGAGACAGCUAUUUCUUUUUGAAAAAGAAAAACAUAAAUUUCUUUAAUCAUUCAAGUCUUAUAAAAAAGCAAGUUUUCUAAAACAGCAGCAGUUGUAGAAAGUAUUGUUUUCUGUUUAAAUGCUCUUUGAAUUGACAAUUGAAAAUGUGUUAUAGGAGUUCAGCAUUGACAUCAAUACAGUCUCUAGUGAAUCCUUUUUGUUUUCCAUUUGUCAGAUUUAAUAAAGGUUUUUGCAAUCUUUGCUAA